AUGGGGAUACCAACUGUACCGCCCAGCGGUGUCUGGGCUCCCACCAUCACCUUCUUUGACAACGAAACUGACACCCUUGAACUCGAGGCGCAAUCAGCUUACUACAGCUAUCUGUCCAAGACGGGGUUAGCUGGACUCGUCGUACUCGGCACCAAUGCUGAAACUUUUCUCCUCACCCGAGAGGAGAGGAAGACCCUCCUCCAAACCGCCCGAAAGGCAGUCGGACCCUCGUUUCCUAUCAUGGCGGGCGUGGGAGGGCACUCAACCCGCCAAGUAGUAGAGCAUAUAGAGGAUGCAGCAGAGGCGGGCGCCAACUACGCGCUCGUCUUGCCCCCAGGCUACUUCGGCAAGCAGACCACGCCGGCGGUGAUUGAUAACUUCUUCAACGAGGUUGCCAAAAAGAGUACGCUACCCAUUGUCAUCUACAACUUUCCUGCUGUUGUCAAUGGGAUAGACCUGGACUCGGCAACCAUUGCCCGUUUAGUCAAAGCCCACCCGGGCAAGAUUGUAGGCGUCAAGCUCACAUGCGGUGCUGUCGCCAAGAUCACACGUUUAUCCGCCGAGCUUCCGUCCGAUCAGUUCUCAAUCUAUGCGGGGCAGUCUGACUUUAUAAUCGGAGGCCUUGCCUCGGGAGGUUCAGGUACAAUCGCGGGAUUCGCGAACGUGUUCCCAAGGACCAUUGUGCAGAUAUACAAUCUUUACACCCAGGGCAAGAUCGUCGAAGCGCUGGAGCUUCACAGAAAGGCUGCGCUCGCCGAACAGCCGUGCAAAGCUGGCAUCGCGGCUGUGAAGUACGCUGUUUCCAUUAGGACAGCCAAAGAAGCGGGUAUCGACAAUGCCGGCGCAAAGCUGAAACCUAGACAUCCGUAUAUCGAGGUUUCCGACGCGGCGAAAGCGGAAAUCGAGAAGCUUACUGCUCCAUUGGUUGACAUAGAAGCGAGCCUCAAGUAA